CAGGGCAACGGACGUGUAGUUGAAUGUGGAUGGGACUCGGUGAUCCAGAUCAUGGCGUGGGCGAGAAAUAGGUUCCUACGAGAUGCUAGCUAUGCAUCUGGAGAAGGCCGUCUUUUCGACCAGAGGGAGCUCUCGGCAAGCGGACGCGAACCAGGGUCCUUGGAAGCAGUCUCGAGAUAUCAACCGAGUGUUCGAUCGAGGAAGUCGAGGUGGUACGCCAAGCGUCCACCUGCUACAAUGGCCGGGGAGCUCUCUGCUCCGUCUCCGCCCGUCAAUAUCACGCCGUCAGCAUCCCCUGUUCCUAUCCAUGUGGCGGACCGUUAGCCGUUGAUCGGCAC